AUGCCACGCUUAUCACAAGGCAAGAGGAAUAGUUCACAUGAUGACAAGACUAAGUCACAGGAUGACAAGACUAAGUCACAGGAUGUGAAGAAGGAAUCGCAAAAUGGGAAGAGACGUUCACAAACUGGAAAAGUUCCAGUUCAGAAUCAGGGGCCGAAAGAUAAUUGGAUAUUUAUUAUAAAUAAUGAGGUUGUCAACACAGACUGUGUUGAGGGAGACUUACAACCUUCCCUCUGUAAGCUCAGACAUCCCAGGCUUGAUACAGGAGUUAUGUACUUGCUCUCUGCCAACUGUCUGCGUGUCUUUGAGGUCAACUGCUACAAAGAGAAGUAUAGGUCCUGGUUUAUUGGCAACACAGUUCACAGCGAGGGUGGAUUGUACAUGACCUCUUCGGUGGACCCACUCUUCCUGGUUCUGCAGUAUAUGGUCAGCACAUAUAAGAAGAGCAGUCAAUUUAGGACACUGGACCAGAUUGUUUGUGACGAAGAUUUCCCAGACUGUCACAAACUAAUUUCCUGUUGUAGCCAAGACCAGCUAUCCCUGAUUGCUGACUGGAAAGAUAUUGAUGAUAACCUUCAGGUGUACCGCUACAGUCAAGAAAAAACUUUGUGCUGGUUAAAGUCAAAGACUAUGGCUGUAGCAAAUGUCUUAGAGCAAAAAAAAAUCAGUGUUGAUGUCAAAGGGUCACACAGCGCCAUCUUUGUACGAAGCAAAUCUGCUUCAGUCUCCAGAGAUGCUUACAUGGAGUAUGCACAUGGUUUGAUCAGCGACUAUCUGUCAGCUGCCCUGGAGAAAGAACUGAGGAAAUAUUUGGACCUUCCAGAAGUCAGUGUUCCAGCAUCACCUGCAGCUAGCCAGACAGAGAAUGAACCCCCCAACAAGAAAGCCAAGUUAUCAACAGAGGUGACACCGACCGAUGAUUACAGUCGCAAUAUCGAUCUCAAGAAAGAUAAGUCAAAGGGUGGUAAACUAAGCAUAGCCCAGAAGAAACUCAGUAAAGUGGACAAAACAGGUAUGAAAAGCAUAUCUAGUUUUUUCUCGCCGAAAUCCUAA